UUAUAUUCUACUUCACGUUAUUCCCUUAAGUUUACUUGUUAAUUUAUAUUUAAUUAAAGUUUUAAAAGUUUUUCAGAACAUUUUUUGUGCAAAAAGUGUAGAAGAAAUUUCAUAAAAAUGGAAGACAAACUCAGACAAAUGGAAGAUGAAAUGAGCAGGUUUGAAGCUGAAAUUGGUGGACAGUUAGUUACUCCAAUGGUUAGACCUGUAAUAGGAGCCAAUACAUAUAAUCAGGUAGCUCGUCAAUUAGAACAACAUGAACUUCCAACACCGGUUGUUGCAGCAGCUGCAGCAACGUUAGCAUUUCCACCGAUGAUAGGUUUUCCUCCACCACCUCCACCGCCACCACCACCUCCACCACCGCCAAUGUUAAUACCACAACAAGUUGCUAGACAAGGUACGGUUCCUAUUACAACAUAUUCUUCACCUGCACAGAUAAGUAAUCCGUAUUUACCAAAUAUGGUGGAUCCGUGUUUAAGUGCAACUCCAAAAACUUACGAAUCUACGUCUGCACCCAUGAUUCAUCCAGAAAUUAUUGAACAGAUUAUCAAUACAAAGAUACCAGAAGAUGAAGGUAAAAAGAAACCAAAGGUUAAAGGAGUCAGUACGGCGGCAGAAUUGGCCAUUAGUCAAGGAAAGGCCAGUUCCAUUAUGGCAAACGCUAGUGCCGAGGAAAGUCAUCCUAAAGGUAAAGGAAAAAAAAAUAAAAAAAUUAUCAGGAUGGCUGGUGGACAAACUUGGGAAGAUCCUUCUUUAUUAGAAUGGGACGAAGAUGACUUCAGAAUAUUUUGUGGUGAUUUGGGAAAUGAUGUUACUGAUGAAAUGCUUGUAAGGGUAUUUGGCAAAUAUCCUAGUUUUCAAAAAGCAAAAGUAGUUAGAGACAAACGAACAAACAAGACUAAAGGUUUUGGAUUUGUGUCUUUUAAAGAUCCACAAGAUUUUAUCAAAGCUAUGAAAGAAAUGAAUGGACGAUACGUGGGAUCUCGGCCAAUAAAAUUACGAAAAAGUUCAUGGAAGCAACGAAAUUUGGAAACUGUACGAAAAAAGGAAAAAGAGAAGCAAGCUUUGAUUGGUUUGUUAACCGGUCGGUGACGUGACGAAAUUAUUAUUACACGAUCAUAAGUCGUCAGUCGUCAUGUGUUAAUUGAUCGCACAGGUGGUUCUUUGACAAAAUUGCAAAAAAAAAAAAACAAUCAACAAAA